GGUGUCGUAGUCAAUCUUCAGCACAGUUCUUAAGUGGAGACCAAGAACCCUGGGCCUUUAGAGGUGGUCUAGCAGGAGAGUUCCAGCGUUUGCUGCCUAUUGAUGGGGCAAAUGACCUCUUUUUUCAACCACCUCCAUUAACACCCACUUCCAAAGUGUACACCAUACGACCCUACUUUCCUAAAGAUGAGGCAUCUGUAUAUAAGAUCUGCAGAGAAAUGUAUGCCGAUGGAGCUGAUCAACCGUUCCAUAGUUUACCAGAUUUAAUUGGAGACAAGUUAGUAGGAGGUCUGCUCACCCUCAGCCUGGAUUACUGCUUCGUCUUAGAAGAUGAGGAUGGCAUAUGUGGCUAUGCUUUGGGAACAGUUGAUGUGACUCCUUUCAUUAAAAAAUGCAAAAUGUCUUGGAUCCCUUUCAUGCAAGAAAAAUAUACUAAACCAAAUAGUGACAAGGAGCUGUCUGAGGCAGAGAAAAUAAUGCUAAGUUUCCAUGAAGAGCAAGAAGUAUUGCCAGAAUCAUUCCUUGCCAAUUUCCCAUCAUUGAUAAAGAUUGAUAUCCACAAAAAAGUGACAGAUCCAAGUGUGGCCAAAAGUAUGAUGGCCUGCCUGCUCUCUUCUCUAAAGGCUAAUGGCUCCCGUGGGGCUUUUUGUGAAGUGAGACCAGACGAUAAAAGGAUCCUGGAAUUUUACAGCAAGCUGGGUUGUUUUGAAAUUGCUAAAAUGGAAGGAUUUCCAAAGGAUGUUGUUAUCCUUGGAAGAAGCCUGUGAAGUGCUUGACAGCGAACUGUUCCAGUACUGUAGUCCCGUAACAGCUGGGCAGGUAGUGGUGGGGAUCUUCAUAUGGUCUAGCUGCACAAAGCCAGCAAUAAGCCAGCUUGGUGGAAGGGGCUAUGCGAAAAUCACCCAUCACACGUUCAAACUGUAAUUUGUUGGAAGAGGAUAAUGCUGCUGAAAACACUGUUUUAACAAAGAGAAAUCUUGUCCUCUCCUGGUCCUGUGUGAAGUGCCAAGGAAUCUUGCAUGGGCUAUAGCUUCUCGGAGGAAUCCCUCUCAAUUGGUUGACGUGGUUGACGACAGUUCUAUGCGUUCACAUAUCAACAGAAAAGUGGUCUCUGGCAGAAGUAUCUGUAAAGGUGCAGGUUUUUUCUCUGUCGUAGAGCAGGAUGUGCAACUGGAAGUUGCAGAAAUGGGAGGGAUUGCUUGUGUCAAUCAGCAAAUUUAAAGAUAAGUAGCUACAGUUCUAUUUUUGACUAUCUUUAUGCUUGUUGAUAAAGCGAUGACCCAUUGUCACUUCUAAUGACCGUUGGUUCAAGCUUUGUGCUUUGUUAGGGACAAAUGUGCAGUGGUCUGUGGCAGAAGUCACUUAAUGACAAACUUGUAAAUUUUGGUGUAUAUAAACUUAGCUGUAUGCUGACUAACUUUUUGUUUACCGGUUUUUGUAAUUUUUUCUUUUGAAAAGUGAAAUGGUAUAGGUCCAAGAUGGCACUUUUGAAUAACCUGAAACCACAAUGGAGAACGAAUCUGUCCUCAGCACUGACCUUUCUUAUUGCGCCUUGUAUCCAGAGCUAGGAACUGACCAUCCUGGGUAAGGGGAGCGGA